AUGUGCCAACACCAUUCUGACUCGGACUCUGCGCCCCCGAAAUCCAGUGGGAGAGUAUGGCAUCCCGACGAUAAUACGAAAGGUGCUCCUGUCAGGCCGAAUUCGAGUCCCAUCUAUCGCCCCGACAUAUUAGAAACGAUCGAAGCGAAGAUCGCAGAGAUGGACAAAGAGCUUCGAGAGCUGAGCCUGGAUAUUCACGCCCACCCCGAGCUUGGAUACGAGGAAUACCAUGCACACGAUGUGUACACGGCGUUCAUGGAGAAACAUGGGUUCGAAGUGACGAAACAGUUCCACCUCCCAACAGCCUGGAAGGCGACAUUUUCCCAUGGAACAGGGGGCAGAGUCAUCGGGGUGAACUCUGAGAUGGACGCUCUCAAAGGCAUUGGACAUGCUUGUGGACACAAUUUGAUCGGCAUGUCAGGAGUCGCUGUGGCAUGUGCAAUCAAAGCUGCUCUGGAGAAACACGAUCUAUCUGGUAAAGUGGUUCUAUUAGGCACACCAGCGGAAGAGGGUGGAUCAGGGAAGGUUGUUCUUUUGGAAAAGGGCGCAUAUGAAGGCAUGGAUGCGUGUUUAAUGUGUCACCCUGCUCCGGGGCCUGUAGGAUCCGUCAGUCUCACAAGUUGUUUGGCUCUGCAAAGGAUCACCGUAGAAUACAAGGGACACACAGCACACGCAGCGUUAUCCCCUUGGGAAGGAAAGAAUGCUCUGGACGCUGCGGUAUUAGGCUACAACAACAUCUCUGCCCUCCGCCAGCAACUCAGACCAACACACCGUGUUCAUGGUAUAUUCGAGGGCAAAGAUUGGGCGCCUAACAUCAUCCCCGACUAUGCCAAAUUCAUCUGCUACGUACGCGCUCCCACUCGCGCCGAAAUGCAAGCGACAGUCAAACGAGUCACACCUUGUUUCCAUGCUGCUGCACUCGCCACUGGGUGCGAAGUUACUGUUACGCUCCAGGAAGGGUCAACGUUCGACCUCCGACAAAAUGCUGCCUUGGGUGGAGAGGUUGCGAAUAUUGUUCUGAACAAGUAUGGUGCCAUUGACUACGAAUGGGGUAUCAAAAGUGCUUCGACAGACUUUGGAAAUGUAACCUAUGGUUUGUAUUCAAUGAUGCUCAGUUUUCUCACAAUCCCCACCAUCGUAGACGGUGGAAAUCACACACCUGGCUUUACCAAAUCUGCCGCCACCAUCGAAGCUCAUAAUGCAUGUCUUGAUGUUUCCAAGGCUCUGGCGGCGACUGGCGUCCGCGUCUUGAUCGAUGACGACUUCUUUUCCAAGGUUCAGGCUACUUUUAAGGAAGAUGAAAAGGAACGCGGUCCAUUGUAA